AUGUCAGGCCAUUGGAAAACUUGGCUACUGUUAUCGAUAGCAUUAUUUCAACUCUCGAGCAAUGUCAUAGGCGAUCCUCUGUAUACCCCUCCUGGUAGCGAUCCUAAACGCAAGGAACUCCUUUUACGCCGAGCCCUCAAUUACGAGAUAUCUCAAACGACAGCCGAUGACAGUAAUACAGAACCCAAAGAAAAAGGUGAACUACUUUAUCGAGUUGCCCUCCAACACCUUGAAGCGAUCGAUCAGUCAUCAGCACCCUCUGCAGACGACACACGAAGGAUAGACAACAAUAACGACGACGAGCACAGCAUUCUCGAUACAGCAUUAGCAUCGAUUCGCCUAGUAUCACAAGCUAUAUCCACUCUAUGGACGCCGCAUGAUGAAGAGACACACGUUGUCGAUGUCACGGAUCAACUCUUUGAGGAUGAAGAUCACCUACGACUGGCUAUGACAAUGCUUGAAAAAGCAGGAAACACAUAUGGCAAUGAUGAUGCUUUGUUUCUCUUGGCCGAGAUCAACUUUUUUGCAAAGUACAAGCAUCCUCGUGAUUAUAAGACUGCAUACAAGUAUUAUAUGGAUUUGGCAGCAGUUGGCAAUGCAACAGCACAAGAGAUGAUUGGAUUCAUGUACGCUACUGGUAUUGGUCAUGCUGUGGAACGGGAUCAGGCGCAGGCGCUUCUUUAUCACACAUUUGCUGCUCAUGGUGGCGACACAGCAGCUGAAAUGACAUUGGGUUAUCGGCAUUUACUUGGCAUUGGUACCGAACAGAAAUGUGAGGAUGCGGUCUAUUACUAUCAACGAGUAGCUGAGAAAGCCAUUCAACACUUUUUGUCUGGACCCCCUGGAGGACGCACACAACCCCCGCCCAAAGUACGAUUGUCGGAUGAAGCAGGUGGUGUUUAUGGAUAUGGUGCAAGUGCUAUGACAGACCGCAGACAAAGAUCCACAGGUGCAGGCUCCGAGAGAUCCGUUAGCAUUGAUGAAGUAUUACAAUAUUGGCGUUAUUUGGCCCAAACAAAAGGUGAUUUUGAAGCACAGCUUAUGCUUGGCCAAAUUUACUACCAAGGAACACGAAGCAUUGCACAAGACUUUAAGGAAGCCUGGUCUUUCUUUUUCCAGGUGGCUGACAGCUUACCUUCCAGCAUCACACAAGCCUUCAUCAACAGCAAACGUGGUCGUGCCAUUGGUCAAGCUGCUGGUUUCCUAGGUAAAAUGUGCUGGCGGGGUGAAGGUGGUCCUGUCGAUGUGGGAGCGGCCUACAAUUGGUUUGUGCUUGGAGCCGACUUGAAUGAUUCCAUCUCGCAAAAUGGGCUUGGUAUGAUGUAUCUUCAUGGUAUCCACGUGCCACAGAACCGUGAUAAGGCGAUUGAAUAUUUCAAGAAUGCUGCCGCUCAGGAUAAUCCAGAAGCUCAAGUCAACCUUGCGAUCGAGUACAUCAAACAUGAUACGACAUUGACACACGCCAUUCGUUAUUUCACACUUGCUGCUGAAGCAAAACACCCAUUGGCUCAGUGGUACCUUGCAAAGCUUCAUCAAAAUGGUGUUGGUCUUCCCAAACAAUGCCAGGUGGCAGUAUCGUAUUACAAAUCGAUUGCUGAAAGGUGUGAUUGGCUUCAUCCGGUGGUUGAAACAGCUUAUGCAGCAUAUGAAAAGGGUGAUCGGGAGAGUGCGCUGCUGUACUAUAUGAUUGCUGCCGAACAUGGCUACGAGAUUGCUCAAUCGAAUGUGGCGUACCUUUUGGAUAAUGACAAACGAUUAUUCAACAUCAAACAUCUGUUGGGGCUUGAAAAGACUAUGGAAAGGGAUCGCGACGCUGAAGAAUAUGCAUUGAUUUAUUGGUCUCGAUCAGCUAACCAAAACAACAUCGAUUCACGCGUCAAGAUGGGUGACUAUUACUUUCGAGGAAUCGGUACAGAAGUCGACUACGAGAAAGCAGCAACAUGUUAUCGAAUUGCAGCAGACAUUGAUCUAUCACCGAUGGCCAUGUGGAACCUUGGAUGGAUGUAUGAAAACGGUUUGGGUGUUACCAAGGACUUCCAUCUUGCCAAGCGUGCUUAUGACAAUGCACUUUCCACCAAUCCUGAUGCCUAUCUUCCCGUCAAAUUAUCAUUGAUCAAGCUAUAUCUACGCUAUUAUUGGGGCUGGAUUACGCGCACUGAAACUGGUCAAGAUUUGAUGUAUGAUGACACUCGACGAGCAUCCUCCAAUGAUGGCGAUGGUGAAAGUGGAAACGUUGAUGGCCCCGGAAUCGCUGUAGACCAUGAAGCACGUCGUCGAAAGGAAAUUGAAGCGUACGAAUACGAGCGUGCACACAGAGAGAUUGGUGCUGAGGAAGAACUACGUCGCAAAUACAGCAAGCAUAUGAAACGAUUGGAACGUGAGGAAGAUGAUAUGAUGGAUAUGGGUGCUGGAUACGAUCGUGAUCGAUACUCGGAUAACGAAGACGAUGACGAUGAUGAGUAUUCGGAAGAAGAUGAAUUAAUCGAGAGCCUGAUGAUUCUUGGCUUGUGCAUUCUUGUCGGAUGGCUUGUUUAUAUGCGACAAUUCCGUUUUGGAAACAACAAUAACAACAAUAACAACAAUCCUGCAGCUGAUAAUACACGAGAUCACUAA